GCCGAGAUCGUGUUCCAAAUGUUGUCGUCUGAAUAAUCUACCUCUUGUGAUUGACCGAACACAUAAACGUACAUAUCGAGGUGCAACAUGUCGCCAACGUUCUCGUGGGAACGCGGCGCUUAUCUAGCCCUGGCGUCAGGGAUUCUUUAUGUACUCUGCGGCGCCGUUUACAGGCUAUAUUUCCACCCCCUGUCCAAGUUCCCGGGGCCAAAGAUGGCCGCCGUAACAGGUUGGUAUGAGACCUAUCAUGACCUGGUUCGUCGCGGAAUGUUCGUGUGGGAGAUUCAAAGGAUGCAUGAAAAAUACGGUCCUAUCAUCCGAAUCAACCCAAACGAAUUGCACAUCAAAGACUCGGAGUUCUUCGACGAACUGUAUGCGCCAGCGUCUAAAAAGCGCGACAAAUACAAAGACUGGGUCAUUCUGUCCGGCACUCCGAAUGCCUCUUUCUCAACGGUUGCGCAUACCCACCACCGCCUGCGCCGCAGCGCUCUCAACCCAUUCUUCUCCAAAAAAGUCGUCGGAAGCAUGGAACCGCUGAUUCUGGAAAAGAUCGAACGUCUCGCCACCAGAUUUACGGAAGCUGCUCAAGGUACUGGCGACAAACCGGUGCUGCGACUGGAUGCUGCGUUUAUGGCGCUAACAAUGGAUAUCAUUUGUCAUUACGCCUAUGGCGAGAGUUACAAUUAUCUCGCAGACGAAGAUUUCCGGGCUAGAUGGCGGGAAGCUAUAGUUUCGGCAUUAGAAAAUGGAAUCUUGCUACGCAAUUUCCCCUGGAUGUUGCCGCUCUUGCAGAACAUUCCUUACUGGGUUCUACAGCGGGUUAACCCGAAUGCUGCAGCACUCAUGGAAUGGUCGGACCUAGUUAAGCAAAAGGUUGACAUCAUGAUGAAAGAGCAUAAUCGGGGAAAUAAAGCGAGCGGUACAAUUUUCCAUACAGUACUGGACAGCGAGUUGCCGCCAGAGGAGAAAUCAGCGGCAAGACUGCUCGAAGAGGGCCAGUCGGUAGUCGGAGCCGGCAGUGAAACAACGGCUAACACGCUCACAAUAAUCACGUUUUAUUUGUCUAGCAAUAAAACUAUACUUAGGAAACUACGUACUGAACUAGAGUCACUCCCCGCCGAGACGCCAAUGUUGCCACAACUGGAGAAACUCCCAUAUUUGACAGCUGUCAUCUGCGAAGGAUUGCGACUGAAUGUUGGUGUUAUGAGCAGGUCGCCCCGUAUUGCACAUGAAGUCAUUCGCUAUAAGGAAUGGUCAAUUCCUUCGGGGACACCCGUCAGCGAGUCAACCUACUUUGUGCUUCAGGAUCCGGAAAUAUUCCCUAACCCCGAAGAGUUCAUUCCGGAGCGAUGGAUUGAAGCACAACAAAGCGGCUUCCGGCUAGAUCGCUUUUUGGUUUGUUUCUCUAAGGGAAGUCGAGCAUGUCUAGGCAUCAACCUGGCGUAUGCGGAACUGUACCUCACUCUAGCUAAAAUAAUACCACGGUUUGAAUUCGAGCUCUUCGAGACUGAUGUCACUGAUAUCAAACCCGAACGUGACUUUUUUGUCCCAGUCGCCAGGCUGGAUUCUAAAGGCGUGAGGGCGAAAGUCUCGGAGGCUUUAUGAGCGGCUUUAUGAGGUAUAUUCUUUGUCUAUUGAGUAUAUAGUGUGCUUGUACCUUGAAGUGGUCAUGUAAUACUUGGUAAUUCUCGACUUUUGAAGGGGCAUAAUCCUCUCUUGUAAUGAACAUAGCUUGAUUUCCACCUUGUGACUUUGUUAAUAUAGAGAGAAUCAAUAGACAACAGUACUCUUCAUACUGUCUUGUAAAAUAUGACAACUGUGUCCGGGUAGCAAAUGCACAAAUUGAUAUUCUUGAGCGAUAGGUACGUCAAUUGAUACAUGGCAGUGAACGCC